AAAGUAGUAAUAAAAAAAGUAACAUUUACGUUAAAAUAAUCUCGCUUUAUUAUGACAUUUCAUUACAUUUCCAUCAGGCGAAUUAAUCACCCCAUAUUCAGCGUGCAUGUUGGUGGUUGCGUUUCGUACUUUGCUAGGAAAACAUUGUUUUUAAUUGGAAUUUUGCGUACUUUCUCAAUUUAAUACUAUAGCUCAUGUAAAAAGGUGACAUACACUGUGAUAACUGUCAAACAAGUUAAUUGUCAAAUAAAUUUCAAAGAGGACAACAGAAACAAAGAUGUCAAGUGCAGAAUCAUUAGCUGAAGUAACAGAUGUAGUUCAAAUUCUUCGACAAUGGGAAGAGGAACAUUCAUCGCCUACCUAUGACCCAAUUCCAACUCUUCAAAGAUUGGCAGAGAUUAUAGAAUUAGAAACAGAGAACUAUUUGAAAAUGGAUCCAGAUCCAUUUGAUGAAAGACACCCAUCACGCACAGAUCCAGAGUGUAAUUUUGGACAUAUAUUGAAAGUUUUGUUUAGAAAAGAUAAUUUUAUGACUAAGCUUAUAAAUGAUUAUUUAAGAGACACUUAUUGGUCUCGUGCUGGUAUCACGGGUCGUGAUGUUAGAAAACUCAAUAUAGCAGCUUGUCGUCUUAUGCUUGAUAUUCUUCCUGGCUUAGAAACUUCUGCGGUAUUUCAACCAGAUAUGGAAGGACUUACUCAUCGUCUAUUCUCUUGGGCAGAAAAAAGUAUAGAACCUCUCCAGAGUUAUGCGACUGGGCUCGUAGCUGCUGCAAUGGAAGUUCAAGAAAUUGCUACAGGAUUUAGAGAACAAAAUGCAAAAAUGGUACCUUUGAUGCUACAGAGGCUUCAUAAAUUACAAGAAAAGAUGCAGGAAGAUAGACAACUUGCAGCUAAUAAUAGACCAUUUGCACAUUUUGGGAAAGAUAGAAAUAGUGGAGGAGAUGGUGAAAAUAAAGGUGUUCCUGGGAAACGAAAAGUAAGAGAGAAACGGAAAGAAAAUGGUAUUCUUAAAAGUCCUAGUCGUAGUAAUUAUUUUUCUGAAGAGGAAGAGGACUAUGUUCAAUCUGAAGAUUCUGCUCCUUUACCUAAAAAGAAGAAAAAUGAUAUCGAUUGUGAAACUCCUGUAAAAAAUGAUGUUAUAUAUCCAGAAAUAAUGUCUCCACCUCUGUCUGUGCCAAAGAAUUCCAAUUCUAAUAAUCAAGUAACACCAUCUAAAACACAAAGUAUUCAUAGCAGACCAUUGAAUGCUUCUUCGGCUCGUUGCAAUUUGCAGAAGAACUCUGCAUCUUCGACUCUGAAUUCCAGUUCUCCAUCUACAUUGUUAGAAGGUAAUUCAAACUCUUCAUGGGCAGAAAUGGAAUCAUACGUGAUUGGAAAUGUACAGAUACAUCCACCAACGUUGGCUACAAGACAAAUGCUGAUUUUAAGGUAUCUUACACCUAUGGGUGAAUAUCAAGAAUUCUUAGGUCAUGUAUUUGAACAAAAUGCUUUGGAAUUAAUUCUCAAGUAUAUCAAUGUUAGAGAAACCAAGGACAGUCGCUUAGCUUUUGAAGCUUUAAAAUACUUAGCUUCUCUUCUGUGUCAUAAAAAAUUCUCCAUUGAAUUCCUUAAUGUUGGAGGUUUGCAAAAGCUAUUGGAUGUUCCAAGACCCAGUGUUGCAGCUACUGGGGUUUCUAUUUGUUUAUAUUAUUUAGCAUACUGUGAAGAUGCGAUGGAAAGAGUGUGCCUGCUACCGAAACACGUUAUUUCGGAUCUUGUUACCUAUGCAUUAUGGCUUCUAGAACGAAGUCACGAUUCUGGAAGAUGUCAUGCAACAAUGUUUUUUGGAUUUUCUUUUCCUUUUAAAGUAAUAUUAGAAGAAUUUGAUGCACAGGAUGGACUUAGAAAACUUUUUAAUGUGAUAUCCACGCUACCAAUUUUAAAUAUAGAAGAAGAACCAACACUUAACGACGAUGAAGAGUGUGCUUCUAGACAAAUCGUUAGACAUGUUGCAGUAGCUUUGAAAAGAUACAUGGAAGCCCACUUACAUCUUAAAGCAGAACAGUUACAAAGAGCAGAAAAUGUUAGAGCAGAGCGUGAUACGUGGCAGCCAUCCUUACCACCUUAUAAGGCUUGUAAAUUGAGUAGUGAGGAAGUACAAGCAAAAGUAGAGAUUCUUCAAGAAUUAAUGUCUGUAAGAGCAGUAUGGCCACCAGUAGAAGAGUUAUAUCGCUUAGGAGGUAUAACACUUCUUCUGCAAAUUAUUGCGUUCGCUAGAGAAUGGAAUUAUAGUGGUCGAGUUCAUACAGCUUCCAGUGCAGAAACAGUUCGUUCUUGUUUGGAUGUUAUAGCUAUUUGUUCUGUAGUGCCAAAAGUAAUGUUGUUACUUUGUGAAAGAGUGGAUAUGCCAGAUAUGUCAAUGACAAUGGCAAUUAAUUUACUCUUAGCUGCAGCAGAAUGUGAAAUUAUUGCAGAUCCUGAUGUACAAAGAGCUGCACUAAGAGCUGUAAUUAAUUGUGUUUGUGCACCAAUAAACAGAAUUGGUGGUAAUGUAGCAAGGUAUUCAGUAACAGGCUCUGCUAAGAAAAAAGCAAAUAUUAAUAACAGUGAAGAAUUAAUACAAAAAAUUUGGGAAAGCGUUAGAUCAAAUAAUGGAAUAAUGGUUUUACUGCAGUUGAUGAUGGUUAAAACUCCAAUCACCGAUGCGGAUAGCAUAAGAGCGUUAGCGUGUCGAGCUUUAGCAGGUUUAGCUCGCAGUGAGAAAGUCAGACAAAUAAUUAGUAAACUUCCAAUGUUUACUGAUGGACAAAUUCAAGCCCUUAUGAAGGAUCCAAUACUCCAGGAGAAAAGACAAGAACAUGUUAUGUUUCAGAAAUAUGCUUUAGAAUUAAUGGAAAGAGUUUCUGGGAAAGCAAAACCUACUGGAGCAGAAUACGAAAUUUCUUUGGCUAGUUUACAUCGAGCAAAUGUAGUAGCCCAAACUAGAAUACAAUAUAAUGAGCAACAGUUAAAUCAAUUAAUAUAUCAACAUUUAAUGUCAAAGGGUUUAACAGAAACUGCUGCGACUCUUCAUAGAGAAGCAAAUUUAUAUUCAUUUGCAAUAAUGAAACCAAUUUCUACAUAUCAACCAUUUACUUAUCGCAGUCCUGUUACUACUGGAACAAGAAAUGGAUUUUCUCCUGGAGCUCCGGUUAAUUUAUAUAAUACAAAUAGAUGUACUCAGAGGGAAGUGACUUCUCGAAACAAUACCACUCCUACUUCAUCAUCUAGAUACAUGUCUCACACGAAUUCAGGUUCAGGUUCAUCAUCUUUAUCUUCUGGAAACAAUAUACGCAUGAAACUUUCUGACUGUCUGAAUCAAAAUGUUCCAAAUAGCACAAAUCAACCAAUUAAACUACAAAUUAACCAAAAGAAAAACCAAGACAAACAGCCUCUAGUCAAUCCAAUAAAUUGUCAGUCAGUUAUGCAUCCAGCUGUGUGUAGAUCACUACAGAAACAAAUUUCACGGGAUCCUGGAGGUGGUGGACCUGGAGUUGCUACGUCAAAUCCAUCUACUAUAACAUUGGAUUCUAUUAUUACAGAGUAUUUAACAAAUCAACACGCAUUAUGUAAAAAUCCUAUGGUUACUUGUCCACAAUUUAAUCUCUUUGAACCGCAUAAGUGUCCAGAUCCAUGUACAAAAAAUUCAAUUCCCACAAAUGUAACAGUAAGACUGGCCAGAAGAGCAUUAGGUAUAGAUGGUAGGAGAUUGGAUAGAAGACAUAUUUAUAGCCGAUUUUGUCCUGUAAAAACUUUCCGGCCUACAGACGUUGGAACCUUUACCUGUUGUAUCUUUUCGCCCUGUCAGCAAUAUUUAAUGUUAGGUACUUAUGCAGGAGAUGUAAAAAUGUUCAAUGCACAUACAGGGCUAGAAGAAGCAACAUAUCCAUGUCAUGAAUCUUAUGUUUAUCAUAUGGAAUGUAAUCAACGUGGAAAUUUAUUAUUAACAUCUACCGCAUGGAGAAGCCCUAUGUCUGCACUCUGGAGUAUAGGAACUUUCUUUGAUUUAAAAUUAUCUUUAGAAAACGAGGAUUACGUUGAAUUUGGUAAACUUCAAGAUAGAAUUAUUGGAACCCAAGGUGAAAGUGCGACUAUUUAUGAUAUAGCUACCGGAAAAUUAUUAACUACUCUUACGCCUUCAAUUUCUAAUCAGUAUACCAAAAAUCGAGCUACAUUUAGUAUGAAUGAUGAAUUGGUUCUUAGCGAUGGAAUUCUUUGGGAUGUAAAUUCAGGAAAAGAAAUUCACAAGUUCGACAAAUUAAAUCAAACACUUAAUGGAGUUUUUCAUCCAAACGGCACUGAGGUAGUAUCCAACACAGAAGUUUGGGAUUUAAGAACUUUUCAUCUCCUGAAGACAGUGCCAACGCUUGAUCAAAUGGAAGUAAUCUUUUCUCCAGUUAAUAAUAUUAUAUAUGCUGUAUCUUUAGAUCAAGAAAAUGGAGAUGAAUCGCAUUAUGUUACUUCAUUUAAAACAUUAGAUGCUUUAGAUUACAGUAAUAUUGCAACUUGCGAUGUCAAAAGAGGAAUUUAUGGAUUAGCUUGUAAUAAAUUUGACACACAAAUAGCAAUUGUUGAAAACCAGGGUGAAUUUGAUAGUAUUCAGGAAUCUUGCGUUAGGUUAUAUGAUGUUGGAAGAAGGAGAGAUGAUGAAAAUGAAGCAGAUGAAGAUGAUGAUGAAGAAGAUCUUGAUGCAAGUGAUGAUGAUGGUUCGAAUUCAGGUUCUGAUGAUAAUAACGCUGAUGACGCAGACAACGCAGACGUGGUAGCGGAAGAGAACGGCGAUGAAAAUGAGAGAAACGACAGUGAAAAUAAUGAUGACGACGACGAUGAUGAUGAUGCGGCCGAUGGAGACGAUCCUGGAGGAGAUAUUUCAGAUUAUAGCAGAUCUCCCGAUUCUUCUGAUUUUUCUUUUUCUGAUGUUGAUGAUCUUGAAAUUCUUUUUCCAUAAAAGUUCUGAACGAAGCAGGAACAACAAUCUUCGAUAUAUUCUAAAUAUAGAUUUAUUUCAUUCUCGGCCAAUCAGGAGAUUGAAAACAGUCCUACCAUAAAGUAAUUUUUUUAAUGUAUAAUUGGCGAACAUACAUGUAUUUAAACGAAUAUAAAUAUUAUAAUACUAUGAAAUGAUUUAUAACAAAUGAUGUAUACCUUUCUAUUUAUUUGAUACACAUUUUAAUUGUAAAAUAUGAAACUGUAAUUGAAUAAUUAAUUACACAAUUUAUGUACAUUUGAAUUUAAACAACAUUGCAAAUUUUAUUUAGAAAUAUUACGUAAAUGCUGGUUAAUUAAAUAUCUUACAAUAAACUGUCUCUCGGAAGAUGAGGGAUUUUCGGAGAUUAUUAUUAUAAACUUUUAACUAAAAAUAUUGUUUAAUAUACUCUUUUCGCCAAUAUAUUGUAACGAAAAUCUAACAUUACCGAAGAUUGGCCAGAGAAAUAAUUCUGUAAACGAUUUACUCAGUUAUCAUUUAAAUCCUAAAUAAUAAAAAUGUAAUUUCGAAUUUUGAUCGAAUUAAUGAUCGAUCAACUUAAAUGUAUAUAUUAUUAUUUAAGAUAUUUGUUGUUUAAUGAAUUUGUAUCACGUAUUCUUUACUAAAAAUUUAAUUAACACAAAUUUUUUUUCCUUGUUAAGGUAAUUAUGUAAAUUUUAAUCAAUCAAUAGAUUACGUUAAAACUCAUCGAUCAUUUUGAAACACCGGUUAUAUUUGAUCAGUAAAUUUUCCGAAUUUUUUUAACGUAUACUUAUGUAUAUGAAAAAAAUGGGCGUGUGAGGGUGAGAGUGUGAGAAAUAAAGAAGAGAGCUUGUAAAAAGUUGAUUUAACCUAUCGUUUAUUAUCAUUAAUAAAGAACCAUGAAUUUGUAUAAAAUUGUUUUAAUGAACAUAGAAGUGUGCUUUACAUCAAAUUUGUAACUAGUAGUAAACUGAAUUUUUUUGUUGUAAGUAUAAAUUUUUUAACUUCUUAAUUUGAAUUAUUCUAAUCAGCGCUCUCGCUACAGUUUGCGAUAACCGAGUCAAAUUAAUAUAAAAAUUUCUAAUUACAUUAUCACCUUUAUACAAAUUUUCAUGCACAUCAGCGUUGUAUUGUUACCCGUUAUAUCGUCAUGCAUUGUAUUUCUACAUGUUAUACAAUCACACAUUGAACGCGCGUCUUAUCGCUAAACAGUACAUCAUUAUGCGCUGUAAAAGGUUGGUUUAUUUUGUAAAAUAACCUUUUUAUAUAACAAAAUUAUAGAUAUUAAAUAACUGAAAGUUCUUCUUUACAGGCUCAUUAAUAACAGCUGAAGUAUUAAAAUUCAUGCCAAUCAAUAAAGA